AUGAAAAGUUAUCAAUUAACUUGGUUCAUUUUGAACGUAUGCUUGGUGUACACUUUUAAUUUAGAGCCCAGAAUACCUGUUAUUAAAAGAGGGUUGAAUGGCUCUUAUUUUGGUUACUCCGUAGCCGAACAUCAAGAAAUUUCGGAUAAUGCCUUAAAAAAACCGAAAAGUUGGAUGUUAAUCGGUGCUCCAUUGGGUCAGAACAGUCAACCAAGAACCAAUAGAUCUGGUGCCUUAUGGCAGUGUCCAUUGACAACACUUGAAAGAGAUUGUACUCAAGUGAUCACAGAUGGACGAUCAACAGAAGGAGUUCUGUAUGAUUCAAGUUUUGAAUCUGAUGACCUAGUGCCACCAGGUAAUGAUGAAAUCAAAGAUAAUCAAUGGUUAGGAGUAACCGUUCGUAGUCAAGGUUCCGGCGGUAAAGUAAUGGUUUGUGCACACAGACACAUUGUAAAAACAGCAGAUUCACAGUGGGGCCAAGGACAGUGUUACAUAUUAACUCAAGAUUUGAAAUAUCAAGAUUUAAAAAAACCUUGCUCUGGAAAACCAACAAACAAAGCUCAUGAACAAUUUGGGUAUUGUCAAGCUGGAACUAGUGGCAUCCUCACCGCUGAAGAUCGUGUUGUUAUUGGCACGCCAGGUCCGCACACAUGGCGUGGAACUUUGUACCUCUUCACAAUUUCCGAUGAAUUUUUAACUAGAGAUAAUACUGUUUACAAUGCUCCAAUGCAAGAUUCUUCUCCUGUCAGCAAGUACAGUUACUUAGGAAUGUCAGUUACCGUGGGGAAUUUCUUUGGUACUGGCUUAGCAUAUGCUGCGGGAGCGCCACGUUCGAAUGGUACCGGUCAAGUCGUUUUACUUACACGACAAGAUUUUAAGCCAGAUAUGGAGGUUGCUCUCAUUUUGGAUGGUGAACAAUUUGCUUCAAGUUUUGGAUAUGAAAUUACCUCUGCGGAUGUCAAUGGAGACAAAGUCACUGAUCUUAUAGUCGCAGCUCCGUUUUACUUCAAUAAAGCAGAAGGCGGUGCUGUCUAUGUAUAUACAGCAUUACAAAAAAGUUAUAAAGAGAAUGAAAAAAAUAAACCUGUUAAACUUGUUGGUCGCGAAGAAUCAAGAUUUGGAUUUGCAUUGACAAAUUUGGGGGAUUUAAAUAAAGAUGGAUACGAAGAUAUCGCUAUUGGAGCUCCUUAUGAAAAGAAGGGCACAGUAUACAUAUAUCUUGGUUCCAAAAAUGGUAUAAUUACUGUACCAUCACAGGUAAUACAUGCUGAUGAUAUGCCAGAACCGUUACAAACAUUUGGUUACUCAUUGAGUGGGGGAAUUGACAUGGAUCAGAAUGGAUACUCGGAUUUAUUAGUUGGAGCCUAUGAAAACGAUGCUGUGGCACUUCUUCGUUCGAAAAAGAUUAUUGAUAUCACCACCUAUGUCCGUUACCUAAAGAAAGAUGGUACAUAUCAAGACAAAAUUGAACCUAUCGAUCCUAAUAAAAUUGGGUGUCCAGAAGACCCCGACUCGAAUCACACAUGUUUUUCAUUUGAAGCUUGUUGCAAAACGGAAUCCCUCGUGAAAGAAGAGGAUAUGCAAAAUUUAAAAUUGAAUUAUUAUAUCGAAGCCGAAACUUACACGGGAGUGAAAAAAUUCUCGAGAGUUUGGUUCGAUGUUGGCAAUUCACGUCCACAUUAUAUAAAUCGUGUCGUCACAUUAGAUACAACGAAAUUCGAGCAUUGUCAGAAAGAAAUAAUUUAUUUAAAGGAAAAUACACGUGACAUUCAGUCGCCCAUUAAAUUCCGUCUAAACUAUUCAUUAAUACAAGAAGAACCAAUUAUGCCAAUUGAAGGAGAACCUUUACCUGACAUUAAAAAUUAUCCUAUAUUGAAUCAACAAGAAGCUGCGCGUGUGUUUGAAGCAACCUUCCAGAAAGAUUGUGGCAAUAACGAUAUUUGUGAGAGUGAUUUACAAGUGAAAGCUCGAUUAAAUUUAUCAGCUUCAUCUGUGAAACCUAAUUUCUAUGAACUUCUUUUGGGUGAAAGGGAAGAAGUUGUCGUGGAUGUAAAUGUAUCUAAUAUUGGUGAAUCAGCGUAUGAAGCUCAAUUAUUCAUCGUUCAUUCUCAUAGCUUGAAUUACAUCGCUAGCAAGAGCAAUGAUUCCGUAAUUUGCAAUUUACAUAAUACCACCUUAGUGGCUUGUUCGAUUGGAAACCCAUUCAAGAAAGAUAAGAUGGUGAAUAUACAAGUAAGAUUUGAUCCAAAGGAAUUAGAAGACAAUGAAUCGCAAUUAGGAUUUGUCAUAUUUGCAAAUUCUACUUCAAAAGAAAUAAAAGAAAAGGAACCAACAAAAUUGCGAGCAACUAUAGUGAAGCGUGCAGAAUUAUCAAUUAAAGGGAGUGCAAAAAUCCAGUGGGCUUUCUAUGGUGGACCAGUUGUAGGAGAAUCAGCUAUAAAGCACUUAAAUGAAGUUGGACCAAAAGUUUCGCAUAUUUAUGAAGUAUUUAAUGAAGGCCCGUGGAGAGUGAGCAGCUUAGAAGUUCGAAUUUCAUGGCCUUACGAGGUUGCGAAUGAUAAAGCUCAUGGAAAAUGGCUUUUGUACUUAGAAGAAUUACCAACCGUUCAAGUUUUAGGCGAUGGUGUGUGUAUAUUACCACCAGAACACGUUAAUCCAUUGAAAUUACAAGAUAGUACUGGUUAUGACGAUACUGAUAUUUUUCAAUCUGCAAUAUCUACUCCUCCUACAUUACACAACCAUACAAACCGUGCAAGAAUGAGAAGAGAUACAGAGAAAGUUGUUAAUACACGAACCAUCAUUGAUAAAUAUGGUCAUAGACGUCAAGUAGUUUCAAUGAAUUGCAAAGCAGGAACUGCAAAAUGCUUUGAUAUUACAUGCUUUAUAUAUAAUUUACAAAGAAAACAAGAAGCAAUUAUAACUGUUAAAGCAAGAUUAUGGAAUUCUACUCUCGUAGAAGAUUAUCCAAAAGUGGAUCAAGUAAAAAUAGGUUCGAACGCGAAAAUAGUUAUACCACCAAAUGUUGUUAUACAACAAGAAAAUUUGAAGGAUGAUGUUGCGAUUGCGGAGACAAUUGUAUAUCCGGAUCUUCUUGAUCAGCAAGAUGUCGAACCUGUGCCCAUCGGAAUAAUUAUAGGAGCUGUGGUCGCAGGUUUGAUAUUAUUUGUUAUACUCACAUUAAUUCUCCGUAAUCUUGGAUUCUUUAAAAGACGGCGGCCGGACCCCACAUUAUCUGGAAACCUCGAAAAACAUCGAGACGAUAAUCCAGAAAGUGAAGCGUUAUUCAAACGCUAAGAGCUAUAACAAAUAUUUGUUAUGAUUGUACACUUAAAAUAUUUUCUCAGAAAUUUUACACGUUUACUUACGU